UUCAACAUGGCGGACCGUGGAGACGUGUCAGCGAAUUCAGCUCGCAAAGUCGCCCUAAUCACAGGAAUUACUGGACAGGAUGGUUCAUAUUUGGCAGAAUUCCUUUUGGAGAAAGGUUAUGAGGUCCAUGGCAUAAUAAGAAGAUCAAGUUCCUUCAAUACGAGUCGAAUAGAGCAUCUUUAUGCUGAUCCCAAGUCGCAUAAAGAAGGAUCCAUGAAGCUACACUAUGGUGAUUUAACAGACAGCACCAACCUGGUUAAGAUUGUAUCUAUGGUACAACCAACGGAGAUUUAUAAUUUAGGAGCUCAAAGUCAUGUUAAGGUGUCAUUUGAACUCAGUGAAUAUACAGCAAAUGUCGACGCAGUUGGAACGCUGCGGUUACUUGAUGCAGUGAGGAUAUGCAAUCUCGCCAACUCCGUCAAAUUCUACCAGGCGUCAACCAGUGAAAUGUUUGGCAAAGUUCAGGAGAUUCCGCAGAAGGAAACGACACCAUUUUAUCCCAGAUCUCCUUAUGGCGCUGCCAAACUGUAUGCCUACUGGGUGACAGUGAAUUACCGCGAAGCAUAUGACAUAUUUGCUGUGAAUGGUAUACUGUUCAAUCAUGAAAGUCCUAGAAGAGGUGCUACGUUCGUGACGAGGAAAAUCACCCGCGCUGUUGCCAAAAUUAAGUUAGGGACACAAGAGGAGUUAAAUUUGGGGAAUCUCGAUGCGAAGAGAGAUUGGGGCCAUGCGAAAGAUUAUGUCGAGGCGAUGUGGCUCAUGUUACAACAUGAUAUACCCGAAGACUUUGUGAUAUCAAUGUGCGUGAGCUACAGUGUCCGGGAUUUUGUAGAAAUGUCCUUUAGACACAUUGGUGUUGAAAUUGAGUGGUCUGGUUCUGAUGUCGAUGAAGUUGGAAAAGACAAGGCGACUGGAAAAGUCCGAAUCCGCAUCGAUCCGAAAUAUUAUCGUCCAACAGAAGUGGAUGAUUCUUCGGUCAAGCAAGAACUGCUUGGUGAUAGCACUAAAGCACGUACAAAGCUGAAUUGGAAACCAAAAUAUGACUUUAAGACUAUGGUGAAAGAGAUGGUGGAGGCUGAUAUUGCCUUGAUGAAGGAGAAUCCUAACGCGUAGAACUUUGACGACUUCAGCCAUUCCUGCCUUGUUGAUACAAGCACCAACUAGAAACAGGGUUCUCAUAUAAAGUACUUAGGUUUGAUGAAAACUUGGAGAAAUCUGUACUUAAACUUGUCGGUUUCAAGACUGCUCUCGACCGUCAUCGCAACUUUGCCAGUGCUAUAUCUCGUAUACGAAUGCAAAUGACGUGUAUUUCCUCACUCACUUGUGUGAGGUAUUGCAUUGGAAUCAAGUUGCACACAAAUUAUUUCUUAUGGGAGUUUUGCUUUCUCGGAAUGUAUCGCAAGGUACAAGGAAUGUUUGCAACAACCUUCCUGUUUCAAUUAUUUGGUAGGCCUAGUGUGAAAUUGGUAGUAUGAAGUUUUAACAUGUGCUGCUGCUAUAUUAUUAGUAUCUUGGUGUGUUGGUGACAGAAUUUGGGCUUGUAAGGUUAGAUUACUUAAAAUGUUUCUACCGGUGGUUGAAAAUCUCUUCUUGAAUUUGAUCUGAAAGCUAUUCUUUUAUUAAUGAAGUUGUAUUCAGCUUUGAGCCUCCAGAUCUGUUAAAUCUAGUUCUGAAUAUAGCGCCUCGCAAAUGAGCAAUUUUUGUCACUGCUUCCUGCGACAAUUAUCUGUGCUAUGAGCGAGAAAAGAAUCACUCCUCUGCGGGUAAAAAUAGGUAAUUGCCAGGAUUGAUGCUGUUCGGAGGUUGCCGCAAUCACUGAUCCUCGUUGCGCUGUACUUGAGAUGACCAUUGCAAAUGAGAGUUUUUUGUCACAUGCGAUAAAGAUUGCAGGUUGCAUUUACAAAAAUGGUUCGAUUGCAGGCCGCAUUACUGCCUCUGUGUCUGUGACGAAGACCAAUCUUCCAGUCAGUUGUUCUUGUACAAUAACUUUUUGUGGAGCAUUUCAAAUAUCUGUUCUAAAUUGAUAUUUUUGUUAUCUAAAUAAAACUAAAAGCACAUUGCUUCAUUUAAUGUGUUUUUGAUAAUACCUAUGGUAGAGUUCUGUCAUGAGGCUGUGUUUAACUUGGUCAAAUCUGAGAACUAGAAUUUCUAUCGUGUUAUGCUCUAGUGUGCUUUGUCACUGUUAUGUUUAGUUGCUUGAUCUACACUUGGUCUGUAAUGAACAGUACUUGGAGGGUCUCUACCAGAGGGUAUGGUGGUACUUUGGGUAGAGGGAAUGGUACUUGGGGUACAUUUUAUGUGCCUUCAAAGAAGUUUAGGAUACACACGGAUGCGGAUCCUCAAAACAAUUGAGCAAAAAAAUUUUUUUUGCAUUUUUAGAUCGAGAAAUGUGUUUACCAGAAUAAACAGUCCAAAUCACAAUUGACAUCCCUAAAUUUGCGUCAUUUGCGUGUCACUGACGCGCUAUCCAGCGUGUAGGUUGCACGUAAAAUACGCAAAACAGAUAGAUAAGCGCGUCACUGGUGUGUCUUUGAUGCACAACUCGCGCUGAUGUUGCGCGUCAAUGACGCAAAGCAGGAUGGAUGUCAUUUGUGAUUUGGACUGUAUUUACACAAUUAGACCUAGGCAUAUGAAUUCUAGUUGACAUUUGUGGUGAAAAUCGGCUUGAAAACGCAUUAUAAGGUCUAAAAGAAACAAAAAUUAAAAGAACCUUUCUUUUUUAGCUCAGCUGACUAAGUCAGCCGAGCUUGUCAAAUAAGUUGUUCAGUGGCGUCCGUCUGUCCAUCCAUCCAUCCAUCCAUCCGUCCGUUAAACCCAUGGUGCACAUUUUGUAACCGUAAGACCUAGAGACUUCAAUUUUGCAUUUCUGGAUACUUCUGGUCAAACUCUACUUUCAAAACAAAAUUUGUCGCCAUUCGACCUACUUCCUGCGAGCGAGAGUGCAUGAAGGAAACUGGCCUAUAUCGGCCUAGGAGCAGCAGAAUUAGUCGAAAUGUGCUCUAAUAUUAAGAUAAAAUUCUUGAAAAUCUAUUUUAUUGAGAAAAAGUUCAAAAUUUUAACAGGAGAGGGCGCUACCUGCCUUUUAAUUAUUUCUGCCGAUUCAAAUUCCCGCCCGAUGACGUCAGCCAUCAAUGAAGUCUCCUAUUUGCCAGUUCUCAAAACAUGGCAGCUACACAACAAAAGCAGUAGCUCCAGGAAUAAAUCACUGUUCACUUCAGCUUCGUAAUCGAUUGUACCCCCACUUUAUUGUGUUUUGUGUGGUGUUCCUAUUCAAUCAACGAUGUAAGGCCUUAUUAUGUUGGCUUAAUUGAGAAGGUGCAUUAUAAGCGGCGUACGAAAUACCGAAGCGGAGACAAAAUGGCGGCAUGUUGUUUACGCUAUGUGCAAUAAUCUUGGAGCUCAAUGACACUCAAGUACCCAAUUUUCUGCUUAAAAAGUAGUCUGGUAGGCGAUAUUAUCACUAGUUCGUUUCAGUGGUAGUCAUAAGGUCUUUAGGGACUAAAUUCAGAAAUUAGUUCUUGAAUAUUUGGCGACAUUUCUGUGAAAACGAUAUCGGAAGUGCAUGCUCUGUUCGCGAUGACAUCGCCGAUGUAUUUUGAAGUGGAGAAUUCCCACAGUAUGUGCAGUGAAUCGGCAUGAUUCUGUUUGCCUAUUAUGUUUUAGUUCUACGAUUCUUUCAUGAGUAAAAAGUAGACAUUCCAAGCAAUACAAUAAUGUCACUCCCAUAAAAAUUGAUUGGAAAUUGAGGGAGCUACGGCAUUCUCUUCAGCAACUGGCAGCGCUGAAAAAAUACAUUGCAUACUGUACAAUACCAAAUGGCACAUUUUAAAAAGCGCUCAUUGGACAACGUAGGGAAUCACCAGAAAUGACGUCAUCGCUGGUCUAAAUAGAAAACUACGGUGGCGCAGUAGAGCACAAGAAAAGGUUUAGCAUUAACUUCGUCAUGCAAGCUUCAGCAACAAAAUGAUUUCUCAUGAAUGAUUUAUUUGAUCAUCAUCAGCUUGUUUCCCCUGAUAGAUAAAAAAAUGAUUUACAAUUUCCAUCAAAGUUUUCUAUUUUGUGUAUAGUCACAUGUUAUUUAACUGGCAAGGAGCCAAGCAGUUUUGAAUAUUCGCGGGAAAAUACUUCGUACUUGUAAACGAGGCUAUGACAAUGAGUAUCCUCAUUCAUGGCAUAAACUUCAUGUUUCGGUAAAUAUUUUCAUACGAUGAUUUCACCCGAAUUAUGGUCAGGAUUGAGGAAUGAACAGUGGCAUAAUUAUGUCAACCAAAAACAUUGGUACCGUAGUGAACGCAAAAGGAUAUCAAAUACCAUGGAGCAUGCCAUUUUCAUGCAUAAUGAACUAAACACCUGGAAGAUAUUAAUGAUAUUAACUCAGCUGAGCGCCAGGCCCUUGGGCCUCUUGUUUUAAAAAAUAUC